AUGAACGCGGUAAUCAUUCAUGGCCCCGGCGACAUCCGGGUCGAGGUUAAGCCCCGGCCCUCAAUUCAGGAGGAUUAUGAUGCCGUCGUCAGGGUCACCGUUGCGGGCAUCUGUGGAAGUGAGCUGCAUCCCUACCGGGGACACCAGAAGACGUCUUUUGGACACAUUAUGGGCCACGAGUUUGCUGGGAUUGUGGAGCAAGUCGGGAGCAAGGUGACGACUGUGAAGAAGGGCGAUCGUGUCUUUGGAUUGUUUUCGACAUCAUGCCUUCGAUGCUGGUUCUGCACGCACAACCAUACCAACCGAUGCGUCCGCUCCCUCGCGCUAGGCACCGCCCAGAUCAACGGCAGCCAGGCCGAGUACGUCCGGGUGCCAGACGCCGACGGGACGCUGCAGCUCGCGCCACCCGACAUCGCGGACGAGCUGCUGGUCAUGAUGUCCGACAUCUUCCCGACGGGGUACUACGGCGCCAUGCGCGCCAUGUCACAGUUUGCAGCGCCGCCGGCCACGAAGGACGACCCCGGGCAGGAAGCCGGCAGCAGCGGCAGCAGCAGCAGCAGCAAGGCGAUGCAGAAACAGCCUCUGGAGUCGGCCGUCAUCGUCUGCCUGGGCUGCGGCAUCGUCGGGCUCUGCGCCAUCAUGACCGCCGUCGUGAAGGGCGCCGGCACCGUGUUCUGUGUCGACAGUGUCGAGGACCGGCUGGAGCAGGCGAGGCGCAUGGGCGGCGUCCCGCUGCGGCUCGGGGUGGACGACGUCCACAAGGUGGUCAUGGAGGUCACGGGUGGCAGGGGCGCUGACGCCGUCGUCGAGAGCGUGGGCAACCAGGCGGCCCUUCGCUCGGCCUUUGAGCUCCUCAGGCCCUGUGGCGUCCUGAGCUCGGUGGGGUUCCAUCAGUCGGAGAUGCCGUUUACGGCACUGCAGGGUUAUCAGAAAAAUAUCAAUCUGAAUAUGGGUCGUGCUCCAGUUCGGGCCGUUCUCGAGGAGGCGCUGCAGGUGUUUGUGGAGAAUAAGUCUAAAUUCGCUGAUGUAAUAUCGCAUCGACUACCGUUGACGGAGGCUCCGUUGGGAUAUAAGCUGUUCGAUACACAGGAGGCCAGGAAGGUAGUGUUACGACCUUAG